GCCACCCCUUCGUCGGGCAGCGAAAGUGGUAUCGCGUGAGAUUCGCAGCCAAUAAGGAGGCGGAAGUGACAGCCGGUUCGCAGCCGCCGGCAGCUGCUCCAAGACUGAAGUCAGAGUGGACCGCUCUUCUGGUGCAGCUGAUUUUUCCACUUCUCAGGCAUCACCGAGAGCUCAGCUUUUUCUGCUUUGUUUGCCUUUUCCUUUGGCAAAGAAUACUGAUUGUCAAUAUAUGUAUCAUGGGGCAUAAUUCCACAACUCACUUCUCUGUGGUCUGGUGAGAGUCUUAAAGACUUGUCUUGGCUUUAAUAUAGUUAAACCCAAACUGGAUCAAAAGCACCCCAAAUGCUUGCUCACCAAGACUAAACUCUACUGUUUAAGAAUGGAAGCUGACACAUCUGUUGACAUGUUUUCAAAAGUCUUGGAGAAUCAGUUGCUUCAGACUACCAAACAAGUAGAAGAACAUUUGGAUUCUGAAAUUCAGAAACUGGAUCAGAUGGAUGAGGAUGAACUUGAACGCCUCAAAGAAAAGAGACUUGAGGCACUAAGGAAGGCUCAACAGCAGAAACAAGAAUGGCUUUCCAAAGGACAUGGGGAAUAUAGAGAAAUCCCUAGCGAAAGAGACUUUUUUCAAGAAGUCAAGGAGAGUAAAAAAGUUGUUUGCCAUUUCUAUGGAGACUCCACAUUCAGGUGUAAAAUACUAGACAGACAUUUGGUGAUACUGUCCAAGAAACACCUUGAGACCAAGUUUUUGAAACUGAAUGUGGAAAAAGCACCUUUCCUUUGUGAGAGACUGCGUAUCAAAGUCAUUCCCACACUAGCACUGGUAAAAGAUGGGAAAACACAAGAUUAUGUUGUUGGAUUUACUGAUCUAGGAAAUACAGAUGACUUUACCACAGAAACUUUAGAAUGGAGGCUUGGUUGCGCCGGUAUUCUUAAUUACAGUGGAAAUUUAAUGGAGCCACCAUUUCAGAGCCAAAAGAAAUUUGGAACAAACUUUACAAAGCUGGAAAAGAAAACUUUCCGAGGAAAGAAAUAUGAUUCAGAUUCUGAUGAUGAUUAGAGCUCAGUUACAACACUUUGUAAAUUGUCUUUUUAUUUCUGCUUCAGAUCUAAAUGUGUUUUUUCUAAAUUUUGUUGAUUUUGUACAUUGGACAUCUAAUACUUACAUGCUAAAGUUUUAUACAGUUGCAUCACAUUGAAGGUCAUCUUUACUGUUUUCUGUGUGGCAUCAUGUUUAAGUUAAGAAAAACUUCUGAGUUCUUAUAUUACCUGGGAAGGGUCCGGAUUCUCUAUUUUUGAGAAUAUGAUUUUAUCACAAUAUGAUUCUUAAUGUGGUUAUACCAUUCACAAUUGUGUUUUUAAUCCAUUGAAUUAGAAAUUCAAAAAUAUUUCAAGACUAAUUCUUAGUCAACAUUAUUUACUUUAUACACUGCACUUGUAUAUGAAUUAAUAUAAACACUCUUCAAUUCUGGAAUAUAUUUAACUAUUAAAGAAUUGCUUAUUUAUUCUGGAUGCUACAUAAUGAUGGUGAAUCAGCUGAUGGCAGCAGGUUGUGAACAUACUGCCUUAUUUAAAGGGUCCUGAUUGCUUAUAUUUUAAGACAUUCGUUUGAAAGUAAUCAGGAAACACUUUUGGAAUGAUAGCAUAAAGAACGCCACUGAUACUCUGCAGUAAAACAACUAUCAAUUUUAAAUUAUUAUUUUUUUAUAGUAUAAAGUCUCUGAAAAUUGCCAUAAGAGCAUGUAUCAAACAAAAACAUUUAUUCAAGAAAAUCUACUAAAUCGUGGUAAGAUAGUCUCUGUGGUGGUUGGGCCAUGACUCCACUCCCUCUCUCUAGUCCUCAAUUUAGGGCUAUGAUUUGUGCCCUAGAAGAGUAGACUACCAGCAUUUCUCAUUCCCCCAACCUCUGCGUUGCAAAAGCUCUUUUCCAACCAGGUGUAGCCAAGAGGUCUGGAACUCCUUCCUAUAUUCAGUACCCACUUGUAGCACAGAAACUAACCCAGGACUGGAAUACUGGGCCUUAAUUUCUUUUGCCCCAACUUAUUCAUAAGGUAAGUGUUCCAUGGCAAGAAGAGGCAAGUAGAGAAGACCAGAGGCUCUCACCCACUCCCCCACUCCAGAGAAACAGGUUACUAUCCCCAUUCCUAGCUCUGGAGCAAUAGCACGGAUGUUCUGUCCUUUGGGAAUGGCACACCAUAAAAACAGCACUCUGGAAAGGGACUUUGUUGAGAACAGAAUGAGGGAGAAGUUCAAGUGGAAAGAUGCUGCCAAAUACGAUAAAGUGUUAACAAAAUGGAGGACCGAUGAAAAGUUUAAAGAAUGACAAAGGUGGCUAAUAAGAGCCCUAGGGUUACAACAAGCCUGAAAAAAAUAGUAUACUAAGUAAGAUACUGUGAAGAAGCCUAAAUUGUGUUAAAUUGUGCAGCAUAUAUCGUCAGAGGUUAGCUAGCAGAUUAGUGGGUGCUGAUAGCAGGAUGUAGUAACAAUAAAGGCAGACCAACUAGGGCUGAGGAAAUCAGAACAAGAAACAGUAAAGGAGAGCCCUGUCAGACCACAGGCUUCGGGAUUAGAAGAAAGGGUGACUGCACAUGCCUACUGAAUGCUGAGGAGGAACAUCAGAGGCUGCACACUCCAGGGUAAAUGGACUUAACCGAAAUAGUUCAGCCAGGUGCUUGGGGGCCCAGGGCAGGGGAAAGGUAACAACCCAGAGCUGCUGUUUUAUUAUCAAAAAUAGCCUGACCUCAACAACAAAUUACAAGCCGUGCAGUAGGUUCAAAAAAAAAGGAAACCAGGCUCAGCGCCUGUAGCUUAGUGGUUAGAGCACUGGCCACAUACACUGGAGUUGGCAGGUUUGAACCCAGCCUGGACCUUCUAAACAACAAUGACAACUGCAACAAAAAAAUAGCCGGGAAUUGUGGUGGGUGCCUGUAGUUCCAGCUACUUGGGAGACUGCAGCAAGAAAAUCGCUAAAGCCCAAGACUUUGAGGUUGCUGUGAGCUGUGACACCGUGGCACUGUGCUAAGGGUGACAUAGUGAAACUGUCUCAAAAAAAUAAAAAUGAAGGAAAGCAUGCUGGAGGUAAAGGAAGAGAUGCAAACAGAUUCCAUCGUAUAUGUGUACUAGUAAUAAAGAGAAAAAUUACUUUUAAAGAACCACGUGGAAAUUCUGGAGUUUAAAAGUAUGAGCUCAACAAUAGAUUCAGGCUGGGUGCGGUGGCUUAUGCCUGUAAUCCUAGCACUUGGGUGGCUGAGGCGGGUGAGCUCAAGGGUGCAAGACCAGCCUGAGCCAGAACGAGACAUCACAUCUUAAAAAUAGCUGAGGGUUGUGCCAGGUGCCUGUAGUCCCAGUUACUCAGGAGGCUGAGGCAAGAGAAUCACUUGAGCCCAAGAGUUUGAGGUUGCUGGGAGCUUAGACAACAUGGCACUGUACCAAGGGCAACAAAGUGAGACUCUGUCUUAAAAAGAUAGAUUUGAGCUCAUGGAAGAAAGAAUCGGCAAACUUACAGAAAAUGCAAUCCAUAGAACAGGAGAAAAAAGAACUAAAAAUUUUCUCAGAAAGCAUGAACAUCAUUCAUGCUUUAAGAAAGGAUUAUUGGGGGGAAUGAUGGAAUAUCAACAUGUACAGGAGUUACCAGGGAGAAAAGCAGAGAAUUAUUGGUGAAAUAAUGCCUGAAAAUACCAAAUUUGAUGAGAAACAUUAAUCCAAGAAGACUGACAAAUUGUAAGAAGCAAUACGUGCCUAGAUAUAUCAAAGUAAAAAGUGAUGAAAAAAUUUAAAAACAGCAAGAGGAAAAACUAAAAGUCACUCAUUGCUUCUAAGAAAACCCCAUUAAUAGUUCUAACCAGAAACAAUGGCUUAAAGGCAGAGGUAUGACGUUAAGAUGGCAGGAGGGAGGAAAGCCUGUCUUCCAGGAAUCUUAUAUCUAGCAAACUUGUCAGAAAUGAAGGCAAAAUGCUGACAUUUUCAGAUAUUUUAUUAAGCAGGUGAGUGGAGUGGAAGAAUUUUGUUCCUAGGAAACCCGACUUACAAAAAUUAUUCAAGGCUCAGUGCCCGUAGCUCAGUGGGUAGGGCCCCGGCCACAUACAGUGAGGCUGGCAGGUUUGAACCCUGUCCGGGCCAGCUAAACAACAAUGACAAC